AAGGAAUAUCUUUUUUUUUCCUCACUGCAGAUUUCUCUGUAGAUUAGACCCCUCCGUUCGCUGCAGACAUGGUGGCGUUAUCGCUGAAGAUUGCCAUUGGAAAUGUUGUCAAGACGAUGCAGUUUGAGCCCUCUACUAUGAUCUAUGACGCGUGCCGUAUUAUCAGAGAGCGAGUUCCAGAAGCACAGAUUGGGCAACCUAAUGACUUUGGCCUCUUUUUGUCUGAUGAGGAUCCUAAGAAAGGGAUCUGGCUUGAGGCUGGAAAAGCUCUGGAUUAUUAUAUGCUGCGUAAUGGGGACACUCUGGAGUACAGGAAGAAACAGCGCCCACUUAAGAUACGCAUGUUGGAUGGAACUGUAAAAACAGUCAUGGUGGAUGACUCAAAAACUAUGAGUGAUCUUUUGAUGACCAUUUGUGCACGUAUUGGUAUCACCAAUUACGAUGAGUACUCGCUUGUACGCGACAUCAUGGAGGAGAAGAAAGAGGAAGUGACAGGGACACUGAAACGUGAUAAAACGCUGCUGCGUGAUGACAAGAAAAUGGAGAAACUUAAACAAAAGCUGCACACGGAUGACGAGUUGAACUGGCUGGACCCCGGACGUACUUUACGGGAACAAGGGGUGGAUGAAAAUGAGACACUUCUUCUCAGACGCAAGUUUUUCUACUCUGAUCAGAAUGUUGAUUCGAGGGACCCUGUACAGCUCAAUCUGCUUUAUGUGCAGGCGCGAGAUGACAUUCUGAAUGGGUCUCACCCUGUGUCGUUUGAUAAAGCGUGCGAGUUUGCCGGGUACCAGUGCCAGAUACAGUUUGGACCUCACAAUGAGAUGAAGCACAAGCCGGGAUUCCUAGAGUUAAAAGAUUUUUUGCCCAAGGAAUACAUCAAACAGAAGGGAGAACGCAAGAUAUUUGGAGCUCACAAGCAGUGUGAGAAUAUGAGUGAAAUUGAAGCUAAAGCGCGGUAUGUGAAACUGGCACGUUCUCUAAAAACCUACGGAGUCUCCUUCUUCUUGGUUAAGGAAAAAAUGAAAGGCAAAAACAAGCUGGUUCCCCGUCUUCUCGGUAUAACUAAGGAAUGUGUAAUGAGGGUGGAUGAGAAGACGAAGGAAGUGAUCCAGGAAUGGAAUCUGACAAACAUCAAGAGAUGGGCAGCAUCACCCAAGAGCUUCACAUUGGACUUUGGGGAUUAUCAGGAUGGAUAUUACUCUGUACAGACAACAGAAGGAGAGCAGAUCGCGCAGCUUAUUGCUGGAUACAUUGACAUUAUCCUGAAGAAGAAAAAAAGCAAAGAUCAUUUUGGACUGGAGGGUGAUGAGGAGUCAACUAUGCUGGAGGACUCGGUUUCCCCCAAAAAGUCCACAGUUCUCCAGCAGCAGUUUAACCAGGUUGGAAAAGUGGAACACGGUUCUGUGGCUUUGCCGGCAAUCAUGCGCUCCGGUGCUGGUGGUCCAGAGAACUUCCAGGUGGGCUCCAUGCCCCAAGCCCAACAACAGGUCAACAGCGGCCAACUGCACAUAGGACACAUGCCACCCCUGACCUCUGCUCAGCAAGCUCUCACUGGUACGAUAAACUCAAGUAUGCAAGCUGUGAACGCUGCGCAUGCUACACUAGAUGACUUUGACACAUUGCCAGCCCUUGGACAGGAUGCGGCAUCCAAGGCCUGGAGGAAAAACAAGAUGGAUGAAUCCAAACAUGAGAUCCACUCACAGGUGGACGCCAUCACAGCUGGGACUGCAUCUGUUGUAAACCUGACUGCAGGUGACCCAGCAGAUACAGAUUACACCGCCGUGGGCUGUGCUGUCACAACAAUUUCCUCUAACCUCACUGAGAUGUCACGUGGAGUGAAGUUGUUGGCUGCGCUUAUGGAAGAUGAGGGUGGGAACGGCAGGCAGCUUCUGCACGCUGCCAAAAACCUGGCAGGAGCCGUAUCUGAACUGCUAAAGACGGCCCAGCCAGCCAGCACAGAGCCUCGUCAGGUCCUUCUUCAGGCUGCAGGGAACGUGGGCCAGACCAGUGGGGAACUAUUGCAACAGAUCGGAGAGUGUGACACUGACCCUCACUUCCAGGGGAGAUGGUGCGUCAGGCACGGAUCUUGGCUCAGGCAACAUCUGAUCUUGUUGGUGCCAUCAAGGCAGAUGCAGAAAGAGAAACUGAUUUGGAAAAUUCUCGAAAACUUCUGAGUGCCGCUAAACUGCUGGCAGAUGCCACUGCAAGAAUGGUUGAGGCUGCAAAGGGUGCUGCAGCAAACCCAGACAGUGAGGAGCAGCAGCAGAAAUUACGCGAGGCAGCAGAAGGUCUACGCAUGGCGACUAAUGCAGCAGCACAAAACGCAAUUAAGAAGAAGCUGGUUCACAAGUUGGAGCAAGCUGCAAAACAAGCUGCAGCAUCAGCCACGCAGACCAUCGCAGCGGCUCAGAAUGCAGCGUCCAGCAACAAGAACCCGGCAGCACAACAACAGCUGGUCCAGAGCUGUAAGGCUGUGGCUGAUCAGAUCCCGAUGUUAGUCCAGGGAGUUCGGGGAAGUCAAUCUCAGCCCGAGAGUCCGAGUGCACAGCUGUCUCUGAUUAGUGCCAGCCAAAACUUCCUGCAGCCCGGUGGGAAGCUGGUCUCUGCUGGGAAGGCUGCUGUCCCCACGGUUUCAGACCCUGCCUCAGCAAUGCAGCUCAGUCAGUGCACUAAGAAUUUGGCAUCAGCACUGGCUGAACUCCGUACUGCAGCACAGAAGGCUCAAGAAGCUUGUGGCCCUUUGGAAAUUGACUCUGCACUUAACCUUAUCCGAUCCCUGGAGCAAGAUCUGCAGGAGGCACGAGCAGUGGCAAGGGAGGGUAAACUAAAGCCCCUUCCUGGUGAGACGAUGGAGAAGUGUGCACAGGAUCUGGGGAACAGCACAAAGGCUGUAAGUUCAUCUAUUGCACAGUUAUUGGGAGAGGUUGUCCACGGCAACGAGAAUUACACAGGUCGUGCAGCCCGGGAGGUUGCUCUAUCUCUACGUUCCCUGGCACAAGCUAGCCGUGGUGUUGCUGCUAACACUGCUGACCCAGCACUGCAGAAUACCAUGCUGGAAUGUGCUCAGGAUGUCAUGGACAAAGCUGGUAACCUUGUUGAGGAAGCAAAGCGAGCUGUGGGCAAGCCAGCUGACCCUGAAGCCCAGCAGAGGCUAGCGCAGGUUGCUAAAGCAGUCUCGCAAGCCCUGAGUCGCUGCGUCGGCUGCCUGCCCGGGCAGAGAGAUGUGGAUGCCGCCAUCAGGAGCAUUGGGGAAGCCAGUAAAAGACUGCUAGCUGGAUCGUUCCCACCCAGCUCUAAGAAUUUCCAGGAAGCCCAGUCUCAGCUCAACCAAUCUGCCGCUGGUCUUAACCAGUCCGCCAAUGAGCUGGUACAGGCCUCUCGGGGCACCCCACAGGAUCUGGCUAGGGCUUCUGGGAAGUAUGGCCAUGACUUCAGUGAUUUCCUUCAGGCCGGAGUGGAGAUGGCAGGACAGGCACAGAAUAAAGAGGAUCAGGCCCAGGUUGUCUCAAACUUGAAGAGCAUCUCCUUAUCCUCCAGCAAGUUACUCCUGGCAGCUAAAGCCCUCUCGGCAGAUCCAGCAGCACCCAACCUGAAGAGCCAAUUGGCAGCCGCCGCAAGGGCUGUGACUGACAGCAUCAAUCAACUGAUCACGGUGUGCACCCAGCAGGCGCCAGGUCAGAAGGAAUGUGACAAUGCCCUGCGGGAACUUGAGACGGUACGAGAGCUUCUACAAAAUCCCACUGAGCCUGUUAAUGACCAGUCAUAUUUCCACUGUCUGGACAGCGUAAUGGAGAAUUCUAAGGUCCUUGGAGAAUCAAUGGCUGGUAUCUCUCAGCAUGCUAAGAUGAGCAACCUGCCUGAGUUUGGUGAAUCUGUGAGUGCUGCAUCUAAGGCACUGUGUGGUUUGACUGAGGCAGCAGCGCAGGCAGCAUAUCUGGUAGGUGUGUCUGACCCCAACAGUCGAGCUGGCCAGCAGGGCCUUGUAGAUCCCACACAGUUUGCCAGAGCUAAUCAGGCCAUACAAAUGGCAUGUCAGAACUUGGGAGACCCGGCUUGCACCCAGUCACAGGUACUUUCAGCUGCCACUAUUGUGGCAAAACACACCUCCGGACUCUGCAAUGCUUGCCGCUUGGCCUCCACCCACACCUCCAACCCAGUUGCCAAGAGGCAAUUUGUUCAGUCAGCAAAAGAAGUAGCAAACAGCACUGCCAACCUGGUGAAGACAAUCAAGGCGCUUGAUGGGUCGUUCAAUGAUGAGAAUCGUGUAAAGUGUCGUGAUGCGACUGUGCCUCUGAUCCAAGCUGUGGAGAACCUCACUGCAUUUGCUUCUAAUCCAGAAUUUGCCAGCAUUCCAGCACAAAUAUCGCCUGAGGGUCUUCGUGCUAUGGGGCCCAUUAUUAGCUCUGCUAAAGCAAUGCUGGAGAGCUCAGGGGGUCUCAUCCAGACAGCGCGUUCUCUUGCUGCUAAUCCUAAGGACCCUCCUCAGUGGUCAGUGCUUGCUGGCCACUCCCGCACCGUGUCUGACUCCAUCAAGAAACUCAUUACUAACAUGAGGGAUAAAGCCCCAGGACAGCGGGAAUGUGACCAGGCAAUUGAACUGCUAAACCAGGCUGUGAGAGAUCUUGAUCAAGCCUCCUUAGAAGCCAUCAGUCAGCAGCUGGCGGCACGUGAGGGCAUCUCACAAGAGGCGCUGCACACUCAGAUGCAGACUUCCGUACAAGAGAUCAGUAAUCUGAUUGAACCUCUGGCGGCUGCUGCCCGAGCAGACUCAUCACAACUCGGACACAAGGUCUCCCAGAUGGCGCAGUAUUUUGAGCCUCUAACUCAUGCCGCUAUUGGUGCGGCUUACAAGACAAUAAAUCAUCAGCAGCAAAUGAAUCUUCUGGACCAGACCAAGACGCUGGCAGAGUCUGCCCUGCAAAUGCUUUAUACGGCCAAGGAGGCAGGAGGGAAUCCCAAGGUCGCCGUGCACACACAGGAGGCUCUGGAUGAAGCUGCACAGAUGAUGUGUGAAGCUGUGGAUGACCUUAAAGGGACUCUGAAUGAAGCGGCCAGUGCAGCUGGAGCAGUAGGAGGGAUGGUGGACUCAAUUACGCAGGCGAUUAAUAAGCUUGAUGAGGAGCCAGCUGGUGAGCCCGAGGGGUCCUUUGUAGAUUAUCAGACAACCAUGGUAAAGACUGCCAAGGCCAUUGCAGUGACCGUCCAAGAAAUGGUUACAAAGUCUAAUACCAAUCCUGAUGAACUAGGAACUCUGGCAAAUCAGCUAACCAAUGACUAUGGACAGCUAGCCUAUGAAGCAAAAUCAGCUGCUCUGACUGCUGAAAAUGAGGAAAUUGGAUCACACAUCAAGCAACGCGUUCAAGAGUUGGGUCAUGGAUGUUCCCAGCUGGUUACCAAGGCAGGAGCUCUGCAGUGCAGCCCCAAUGACGGCUACACCAAGAAGGAGCUUAUUGAGAGUGCCAGGCGUGUGUCUGAGAAGGUGUCGCAUGUGUUGGCUGCUCUCCAGGCUGGAAAUCGGGGCACUCAGGCAUGUAUUACUGCGGCCAGUGCUGUGUCUGGCAUCAUUGCAGAUCUUGACACUACGAUCAUGUUUGCCACGGCCGGCACCCUAAACCGAGAGAAUGCAGAAACCUUUGCCGAUCACCGUGAAGGAAUCCUGAAGACCGCAAAAGCUCUGGUUGAAGACACCAAGGUAUUAGUUCAGAACGCAACAUCCAGUCAAGAGAAGUUGGCUCAGGCAGCUCAGUCUUCGGUCACAACCAUCACACGCCUCGCCGAGACCGUUAAACUGGGAGCCGCCAGCUUAGGAGCAGAAGAUCCAGAAACGCAGGUUGUCCUGAUUAACGCAGUGAAAGAUGUGGCUAAAGCUCUCGGAGAUCUCAUAAGUGCAACAAAGGCAGCUGCUGGCAAAUCUAGUGAUGACCCAUCCGUUUAUCAGCUCAAGAACUCAGCCAAGGUCAUGGUGACUAAUGUGACAUCUUUACUGAAGACCGUUAAAGCUGUAGAGGAUGAAGCCACCAAGGGAACCCGUGCACUAGAAGCAACAAUAGAACACAUCCGACAGGAGCUAGCGACAUUUUCAUCUCCCGAGCAGCCGGCAAAAACAGCCACUCCAGAGGACUUUAUUCGCAUGACUAAAGGAAUCACAAUGGCAACUGCAAAAGCAGUUGCUGCAGGAAACUCUUGUCGACAAGAGGAUGUGAUUGCAACUGCUAACCUGAGUCGCCGUGCAAUUGCUGAUAUGCUACGUUCAUGCAAGGAAGCCGUCUACCAUCCUGAGGUUAGCCCUGAUGUUCGGAUCCGUGCGAUGCGCUAUGGUAAAGAAUGUGCGACUGGCUACCUGCAGCUGCUGGAUCAUGUGCUAGUGAUCCUACAGAAGCCAAGCUCGGACCUGAAGCAGCAGCUUGCCGGACACUCUAAGCAGGUGGCUGGCUCAGUAACAGAGCUGAUCCAGGCUGCUGAGGCAAUGAAAGGCACAGAAUGGGUUGACCCAGAGGAUCCCACAGUCAUUGCAGAGAAUGAGUUGCUGGGGGCAGCUGCGGCUAUUGAGGCAGCGGCCAAGAAGCUUGAGCAACUGAAACCACGUGCCAAGCCCAAGGUUGGUGCUAUUCCAGCAAAUGCAGUGGAUGACGGGCAGUGGUCGCAAGGACUGAUAUCUGCUGCUCGCAUGGUGGCCGCAGCAACCAGUAACCUGUGUGAAGCAGCAAACUCGGCGGUGCAGGGUCACGCUAGUGAGGAGAAGCUAAUCUCAUCUGCCAAACAAGUCGCCGCUUCUACAGCUCAACUGCUUGUGGCCUGUAAAGUAAAAGCCGACCACGAUUCGGAGGCAAUGAAGAGAUUGCAGGUGGCUGGAAAUGCAGUGAAGCGAGCGUCCGAUAAUCUUGUAAAAGCUGCCCAGAAAGCUGCCGCAUUCCAGGAACACGAUGAAACUGUGGUGGUGAAAGAGAAAAUGGUGGGAGGAAUCGCACAGAUUAUUGCAGCUCAAGAAGAAAUGCUACGCAAAGAGCGGGAGUUGGAAGAAGCUCGCAAGAAGCUGGCCAUGAUCAGGCAGCAACAAUACAAGUUCCUUCCAUCAGAACUCCGUGAGGACUCCCAGAACUGAUUCUUCUGUACAUUACCACCAGUGCUCAUGAACAGCACUAUGUACUGGCCAUUCAUCCAUCCAUAUUCACAUGUUGCUACGUACGCUCCUCGGCUGAUCACUGGGAUUGCGAUGGGGAGUUGCCUUUCAUUCCUAUUACUCCCAGCUGGGGUUUUAUAGUGACCACAUUGCUUUUGUUUCUGACUUUCUGUUAACGGUUCAUUUUAAUCUCACAGUGCCUUAUUCUCCUCAUGCUGCUUCUGUUAAGUUUUAUCCUUGUUACCUCUUAAGCCUUAUUAACCUUGUGCUGCUUGUGAUACCUUAUUACCUCCACACUGCCUCUAUGUCCAAAUUCGUUCUUGCACCUUCAGCCCCAGGGGGCAGUGAAAAGGUAGCCACAGAUUUGCCGCCACAGUAGUGGUAGGGAAAUCAAUAGACUUGCUACUGCAGCAGUGGGAGAGAAGCCAGCAGACUUGCCACUACAGUAGUGGGAGAGGAGCGAACAGACUUGCCGCCAUGGCUGUAGGAGGGGAGCCAACAGCUGUGCCACUGCGGCUGUAGGAGGGGGAGCCAACAGCCGUGCCGCUGCGGCUGUAGGAGGGGAGCCAACAGUCGUGCCGCUGCAGCUGUAGGAGGGGAGCCAACAGCCGUGCCGCUGCAGCUGUAGGAGGGGAGCCAACAGCCGUGCCGCUGCAGCUGUAGGAGGGGAGCCAACAGCCGUGCCGCUGCAGCUGUAGGAGGGGAGCCAACAGCCGUGCCGCUGCAGCUGUAGGAGGGGAGCCAACAGCCGUGCCACUGCGGCUGUAGGAAGGGAGCCAACAGCUGUGCCACUGCGGCUUUAGGAGGGGAGCUAACAGACUUUGCCGCUGGUUGGGCCCUGUAUGUGCCUUAUCGGAUCAAUGGGGAAUCUGGUCUAAUUUCUUCUGCCUGCUGCUCCCUUAAAGUGCCUAAAUGUGCAAUGCACAGAUUGUUACUGCCAGACCCUAUCAGCUUUAUAUUUUGUUAAAUGUAUAAAAUGAGAUGGCCCUUUACAUUUCUAUAUAAAAAUAUCUAUUUUUAUUUGUAUUAUGUUUGGAUUUGUUCAGCUGUAGCUUGGUCCCUAUGGAGGUGCCUUCUACAUCUGUGCACUUCUGCGGCUGCACCAAAAGUAUUAUCAGCAAUAAAUGAUUUCACCAGA